AUGGGAGGUCUAGUCAUUUAUGAUAAUGCCCUACGAGUCUCGGGGACGCCUGAAUCGUGUGGUGUGAGGAUAUGCGUUCUCGGGCUGACUACAUGUCCCCCCGAGUUCUACAAGGAUAUGCGUUCUUGGGCUGACUACAUGUCCCCUGAGUUUUGUGAGGAUAUGCAUUCUCGAGUUUAUUACAUGUCCCCCGAGUUCUACCAGGAUAUGCGUUCUCGAGCUGACCACAUGUCCCCAAGUUUUGCGAAAAUGUGCGCUCUCGAGGUGACCAUAAGUCCCCUGGGUUCUACGAGGUUCCAACAUACAUGGCAUUUGGAAUUGACGGAAUAUUAG